GAAACUGAUGUCAAUCUUCACAGACCGGCUUUAGAAAGUCUUCGUACCCUAAUUCGAACGUCUACCAGCUCGAUGACCUCGGUUCCGAAACCAUUAAAGUUCUUGAGACCUCAUUAUGCUACCGUAACUGAAAUUUAUGAGAGUUGGCCUGAAUCUGAUAACAAGGAUAAUGAGCUGCCUUCUGAUGAUCUUAUGGCACUUGCCUUGGAGAUUGUUCCAUUCUUUUUGAAACAUAAUGCUGAAGCGGAUGCUGUUGAUUUGUUACUUGAAUUAGAAGCAAUUGAAAAAUUGCCAGACUUUGUAGAUAAAGAUAUUUAUGCACGCGUAUGCCUUUACAUGGUCAGUUGUGUAAACUUGUUGGUUCCGCCUGAUGAUGUUGCUUUUUUGCGAACUGCUCAUGCAAUAUAUCGAAAAGAAAACAAAUAUACAGAAGCUGUAUCGUUGGCCAUCAGACUUGGAGAUUAUGAUCUGAUACGAGAAGAUUUUAAUGCUGCCGGAGAAUUGGAUGA